AUUUGCCUUGCACCAACUGCUUUGGCUAUUUUGCACAAAAUGAUUUAUGGAAGCAUAAAUGCUGCCAGACAGUUGAUGUUGAGGUAAAUGAUGCAGAAGAACCAUAUCAAAAGAAAAGAAAAACUGGACUAAGAAAAGCUAGCAGAAUGAUGCUGCCAACCAAACCAGGUGUUAGUCAGCGAACCCACCAAAUAUUGUCCAGCCUGAAAAGUGACAAUAUAAGCAGACUUGUCCGAUCAGACCGACUGAUUACGAUGUUUGCAGAGAAGUUGACAAAGAAGCAUGGUCACUCAAAAGAUCAGGAAGGCUACAUAAGACAGCGGUUGCGUGAGGUGGCCAGAAUGGUUUUAGAGUACAGACUGUUCACUCAGCAUUCUAAUGCUAUGUUAGCUGAUCUCAUUUGUCCAGAGAAAUUCAAUGAAGUCAUUGAAGCAACAAGACGAGCAGCAGGAUUUCAAGAGGAAACCAAUUUAUACACAACCCCAAGCCUUGCACUGAAAAUAGGACAUAGCCUGAAGUCAUGUGCAGAAAUUCUAAGAGGAGAUGCACUUUUGUCCAGGGACACAGUUCUUGAGAAGGAUUGUAAGGCUGUAAUAUCAUUGUACAACUUGAAUUGGGAAGGCGAAGUAAGCCACCAUGCUCUGAGAACAUUGCAUGAAGUCAAGAGGAACAAUCCUAAGUUGUUGCCGUUAACUGGAGAUAUUGUUAAAUUAUCAAGGUACCUCAAGAAUCAAGUACAAGAAAGGCACAAAGAGCUGCAGAAAACUAACAAGGAUGUGCCCAAAGUUUGGACAAAGUUGGCUGAACUUCUUCUGACACAAAUCAUUGUGUUCAACCGUAAAAGGCCUGGAGAGGUAUCGAAGAUGACCUUGAGUGAUUACAGCAAGUGUGCUAAUGGGGAAACCUGUGUUGUUGAUGGCGCCUUGUCACCACUGGAGAAGGCACUGUGUAAGGUGCUAUGGAGAGUCGAAAUUAUCGGAAAACGUUUGCGAACCGUUGUAGUACUAUUCACUGCCCAGAUGAAAGAGGCCCUUGACACACUGAGGAAAAGAAGAAUUGAUGCAGGCAUAGAUGUCAACAAUGUCUUCCUGUUUAGUAAUCAGAGAGGACUGGCACACAUUAGGGGGACUGACACACUUAGAGAACAUGCCUCAAAGUGCAAAGCAAGUAAUCCUGAAUUCUUACGUGCAACCAGACUCAGAAAACACAUUGCAACAGUAUCGCAAGUGAUGAACCUCCAGGACAAUGAGCUUGACCUGCUGGCAGGCUUCCUUGGACAUGAUGUGAGAACACACCGUGAGUUCUACCGCAUGCCUGAGUCCACACUUCAAGUUGCAAAACUUUCAAAGGUCCUUCUGAAGAUGGAGAAGGGUGAUGUACAGGGAUUAGCUGGUAAAAGCCUGAAAGAUGUGGAGCUGGACCCUAGUGAAGAAUACGAUACAGAUGAGAAAUCAGACGAUGACAGUGAUCCUGAACCUGAGACAUCUGUACCAGAGAAAACAAAAGAACCAGCAGAAACAGAAGCUGCACAACAACAACGGAAGAAGCAAUGGACAUUGGCUGAAAAACAAGCAGUCGUGAGACAUCUUGGAAGCUUCUUAAGGUCAAGGAAAGUUCCAGGGAAGGGACCGAUUUCUGCUCUCAUGAAAGCUGAACCCCGUCUUUUUACUGAUCGUUCCUGGAGAAACGUCAAGGACUUUGUCAGAAACCAAGUCAGGAAAAAAGAUCAGUUUAGCUUCCUUAAGAAUCUUUGAAGAAAGCAACUAUGACAAAGCCAGCUAUUUGAAACUGUGUUUGCACGUAUACAGCAUAUUAAGUUUAAUUUUAAUUCUUCGUUUUUCUUCUUGCCAAGAUGAGAGAACAAGCAGCCAUUAAUAGAAGUUUAUUUCCAGUAACGAGUAGUUGCAAACGAUUAAGCUUAAUACUGAAAUAUUGUUUUAUCUUACUCAAAAGUUUACUUAUUUAUUUGGUUAAAUGCAUUUUCAUUUGCAUGUAUUGUUUGUUAAAAAGAAAUGUAGCAAUUACAUGAAAGUUCCAACAUUUUGUGAGGUUUAGGGCUAAAGUACAGUUAGCUUUCUUAAAAACCUUUGAAGUUAGAAACUAACAAAGCCAGCUAUUUGAAACUGUGUUUGAACAGUUGAAUGAAGUGGUUCAUCUUCAUACAGGCCAUUGCAGUUAAAUGAUAAUUAACAAUCAAAAAGAUCAGCUAAAUUAUUUUGUUUUGUUUUCCGUGACAAGUUGGGAAUUUAUAGUGUACUGUGUAAUGCAAAGAACUUACUAUUAAUGCAGCGUGUUCAUAUAUUUUGAAAACUCAGUGCUGGUAAAAGCAAGACUGGCUUAUACCUCAUAAAGAUUAAUUACAUGUAUGUUAUUAACUAUUCUUUGUUUGUUUUUCAAUGCCAAGUUGGGAUUGUGUGGUAAUUGCCAUGUUUAACAGAGAGUGUGUAUACAAAGCGACCAUUUUGGUUUUCAUAUUUGUCAGGCCGAAGUAAUUUUAUUUGUUUCACAUUAUACAUUUGUGUUUGUAAAUGCAAUUUUAUUUUCCUUUGCUGCACGUAUUCAGCAUAUUAAGUUUAAUUUUAAUUCUUCGUUUUUCUUCUUGCCAAGAUGAGAGAACAAGCAGCCAUUAAUCGAAGUUUAUUUCCAGUAACGAGUAGUUGCAAACGAUUAAGCUUAAUACUGAAAUAUUGUUUUAUCUUACUCAAAAGUUUACUUAUUUAUUUGGU